UGCGGGAAGCCGCCGCUGCAUGGACGGCCGGAGAGCUACAGCAGCAGCAAAGCAGACUGAAAGCCAACUACCUCCAUACGUCCGCAUAUACAUAUAGCGCGAGUGCAGCUGCCAUCGCGCGGAGAAAGAGUUGAAAGCAUCAUCAGCGCUAAGCGCGAGAGGGACAAAGAGAGGGAGAGGAAGAGAGAAAGAUCGUCUCUCUGCUGCAGAGCUCGCGACUCCGCUGCUACUGUCGUCUUCUGCCGCUGAUGUGACGAGUUCUCUCUCUCUCUCUCUCUCUCUCUCUCUCUCUCUCUUUCUCGCUGUAUAAUAGCUGCGAGCCAAGUAUACAGCGCGGCCGACAAGUAGUUGAUUUAUCGUACGGGUCGUCCUCCUAUAGGAUACUCUCCCAGAAGCCUAUGUAAUGUGUAGCGGCGGUGCAGCCGCGAAUCGCGACUGCUGAAGAUGAUGAUCCGCCGCGCGGCAGGCAAGAACUACUGCUGCUGCUUACCGCCGCUCUGGGCUGACUGAAGCACUCUCCGCGACCUCGGGAUUCGGCACACACCAUCGUCCCGAGAAAGAUUGUGGAUUUGUGUGCAUCGUGGUGCGUGAGGUGUUGAGUUUGAAGAAUGUAUAAGACAGUACGCAACUUUUUGAUACACUUCAAAUAAGUUUAGAUUAGUAAUACAAAGAAAAAAAGAACAAUAAUAUUCAAGUGCGCUUGUAGAUGACAGUUACAAGCGUGUGAUAUUUAGGAUUUUAACAGAAUGACUAUUCUUUGAUGCAUGUGAUCAUCACAUUGAAGUAGCUAACUCAACUGAACUUUUCAUUUCAAAAGAAUCAUCAUCAAGAUAAUUUGUGCAAAAACAAAGAUCAAGACAAAUGUGCUACAAAUGUGUAUAAGACUUGGUAACGCACAUAAUCAUUGCAUUUUGGUGCUUCCACAAACGUGAAAUCAUAUAAGCCAUGAUCAUCAGCUGUUGAAAUUUUCUACUAUCCAAUGUGCUUUUGAUACCUAUGAGUGGCUGCAUCACUAUUUUAUCUUUUGAACAAUUGAAAUCACAAAUUGGUAGUGAAGUUGCGAAUGGGUUGGGUUCAACACUGUGAGCCUUAGCAAGGCAUAAAUUAUUAGAUACACAUAGGAUGGACGUUACAAAGGACCUAUGUUCUGCGAAUUGAUGGGUAUAUGCUUUUCCUGCAGGAGACCCACCAGCAACCGAUUAAACAAUAAGAUCUCUGAGCAUAUUUCGGCAUCGGUAACUCCUCUUCAUGUUUGUUUUGAAGAACCAAGAGGACCAGAAUUGGGCUUGUGUGAUAUCACGUCUCUUAGACAACAGCAGAUUGAAGGUGGGAAUAGUAAGAGGGGAAGCCGAGAAGAUCCUUGUGAGGACGAUACUGGAGCAGAGCUGCUCCAAUCUGGAGCAAGUGAGCUGAAGCAAACUCAAGCAAGUAUGGCGAACACUAUAAGCAACAUGAAAAUGACUAACCCCAUAAAGGGGUUAGUCAGUAAACGUCGGAAACGUUUUACAGCAGAUGGCUUUAACCUUGAUCUCACAUAUAUAAAAGAUAAUUUAAUAGCUAUGGGAUUUCCUGCUGAAAAAUUAGAAGGUGUAUACAGAAAUAACAUAGACGAAGUUGCUAGAUUUUUAGAAUCCAGGCAUAGAAAUCAUUACACGAUUUACAAUCUCUGCUCAGAACGAUCCUAUGACCACACAAAGUUCAAAGGAAGAGUGGCAACCUAUGCUUUUGAUGACCACAAUCCACCCCCUCUGGAAUUGAUAAAGCCAUUCUGUGAAGACGUGGAUUCAUGGCUUUUGCAGCAUGAUGAAAAUGUUUCAGUUGUUCAUUGUAAAGCUGGAAAGGGUAGGACGGGUGUGAUGGUAUGUUGUUAUCUCCUCCAUAGUAAACAAUUCAGAACUGCUACUGAAGCUCUCAACUUUUAUGGAAACGAAAGAACAACUGACAAGAAAGGAGUAACAAUACCAUCCCAAAGGAGGUAUGUUGAUUACUAUGCUACUCUUGUCCAAGAAAAUCUUAGCUACCAACCUGUAACUUUAAUACUUCGAGAGAUUAAACUCGAACCAAUAUCUGCUACAAACGGAGGCCAGGGUUACCAUUUUGUGAUAUCUGAGGCUAAAAACAAAAUAUUUAGUUCAGAAACGUAUGAAAUACGAAAAGGCACCUCCACACUUUGUAUUCCUCUAAAUCAUGGUGUUCCCAUUAAAGGUGAUAUAAGAGUGGAUUUUUACAAUAUACCUAAAGUCAAACGGAAAGAGAAACUGUUUCACUUUUGGUUCAACACAUUUUUUGUUCGCGAACACGUAACGUCCGAGAAUGAUAACGAAGGACCAGUUGAGCGAACGACAAGAGCACUAAGCUGUGACGGAAGCGCCAUGGAAUUACCAAUGGUUCACACAAAACCGCGGACGGGCUCGCUAGCAAGCUUGGGACCCAUGCCGCCAACUCUGAUAUUGACCAUUGACAAGUGGGGCUUGGAUGGUGCACAUAAAGACAAACAUCACAAACUCUGUAGUGAAGACUUCAAGGUUAGUUUAAUAAUGCAUCGGGUUGAAGGUAGCAUACCACCAACUGUGCCAACGAAUGAAGGACAAGAAACAGAUGAUAUGCAAAUUGGCAUGAGUGGUCAGGAUACACCAAAUGAGUUGAGCGAGGCUGAUAGUAGUGAGUGCGACACAACAGGAGACGAAGAUGGUUGGGAAUCGGGAAAAACACCGAAAGAGAGCGAGAGAAUGAAAAACAUGGAACUGAGUGAUAAAAUAGAGAAAGAUAAGAAAAAAGAAAAAAAAGGAAAAAAAGAAAAAAAAGGAAAAAAAGGAAAAAAAGGGAAAAAAGAAAAAAAAGGAAAAAAAGAAAAAAAGCAGGUGAAAGAGGAAAGCGAUAAAAAAGAGAAAGAUAACGAGAAAAAAGAAAAAAAGCAGGUGAAAGAGGAAAGCGAUAAAAAAGAGAAAGAUAAUGAGAAAAAAGAAAAUAAGCAGGUGAAAGAGGAAAGCGAUGAUAAAGAGAAAGAUAAUGAGAAAAAAGAAAAUAAGCAGGUGAAAGAGGAAAGCGAUGAUAAAGAGAAAGAUAAUGAGAAAAAAGAAAAUAAGCAGGUGAAAGAGAAAAGCGAUAAAAAAAAGAAAAAUAAUGAGAAAAAAGAAAAAAAGCAGAAGAAAGACGAUAUAGACUGUAAUGUUUGCUGACUGUUAGGUCUGCUUGCAGGGGAAUCGACAUACUUGUGACUUUGAGACUAUGACUGAUGCCGGGUGCCCAUCAGUGACCAGACACCUUCUUGCGCACCCGCGAAGACUCGAGCGACUCACCUCCUUCAGUUAUAAUCGCAUCUCUGUUCUCGGCAACACGCGCCUCACACAUAUACACACAUACACACACACACAUAUAUAUUAUUUAUACAUAACGGAACAUGUAUAUACACGCAUCGCACGCUAUAUCAUAAAUAGACGCGCGUGUGAAGUUUCAGAUCUACGCCCAUAGUAUACGAUUUAAUGUCAGUAAUGUCAAAUCGUCGAUCGGUCCUCUGCUCAGUCGACUGAGUAAAUUACUUAUUCUAUAUAGUAGAUAUAUAUAUAUAUAUAUAUAUAUAUAACAAUCAUUUAAUAUAUAAUAUCGGCAUAUCAAAAUCGUCGAUUUUCGCAAACGUUCAUGCGCGCACACGGUGCAUCUGAUUUGUACAUUUAUUACGUUGUUAUUAUUAUUAUUCACCGGCAUCCGCUGAUGCUGCUAUAAUGCUAUAACAUCGUCAUGCCGUCGCUCUUGCACGUUUUAAUUUACCUCGACUCGACGACGAGCUUGCUGUGCAUUGCCGUUCACCGCAUCUUCGUACCUCUGUUUAUACUUGAUCAGUUUCUAUCUUUUUUAUCGAUUAUUUAUAUAUUUAUCUUUUUUCUACAGAUAUCGCGUGCUUUAUACUUAUAUACUUGUACUUUACGAUACUCGCGUCGCGUUCCCGUCUUAUAUACUUUCCGGACGUUUUAUAAUUCCCGCGGAAUUAUGAAGAAAGCUCUUGAGAACACGCUACAAAUGACCAUCAAGAUUUUACAACAGAACGCGCGGCGUAACGAUGCGAAUGUACGUACAGUACAUGAAUGUAAAGACUCCUGGGUGCAGUACGCGCAGACCAUGCGUGGAAAACGCUGACCACGGAUGAAAAGGAAUUCUCUAGUAUAUAUAUUAAGAAUUUAGCGUUUACAAAUUUCGUGAUAAAAAAGGACAUGUGAUUAAAUUCAUCGAUGCGUGUUUAUUCAAUAACGUUAGAUUAUAUAUUCCUUUUUAUCCGUCGUCGUUCGCUUUUCAAGCUUGACUGUUAAACUCUAUAAUACUGCGCCUAUACGUACACCCUAUCCGACAACGCUAUUAUUCAUCAUCUUGUUUAUUAGAUACAUAUUGGCAUAAUUGAUUCUGCUAUAAUAACAAUCCAUGUGCGAUUAAUAGUAAAAUAAUACGAAAACGCUACAACUUUGUUCCCUGUUCAUUUUUGUAACGUGAGGUUCGUCUAAUUUAAUUUUUUUCAGGCUACACGCAGAGAAUGCCUGCUACCUAACUCGCAUCUACGUUUAACGAAUCAUAAGCAUAGUUCCUCGUUAUAUAUUUUGUAUACGAUUUAUUGUCUUGUUUUAUCCUUAUUUUGUUGCUCGUCUUGUCCCGGAGGACUGCGGAUAGACGCUAUAUGAUACGAGGAGAGAAGAAACGAUUCGGGCUAUACUUAUAUCAUCAUAACACAAACAAAGCCUUCUGCUGUUUAUAGGUAAAUAUUGUUACACACACGCCAAUGCUUGUAAACGAAUAACUGUUUCUUCUCUCUAUGUCUUCACUUGAUAAUCGAGGGAAUAGAACUAUAACAUCAAAUACGUUGAAUAUACGCAGAAAUCGAGUAGGUUUUACAGAAAAAUAUUGUAUAAGUCUUCGGCAUAUAGGUGAAUAUGUUGUUUGUGACGAUUGUGAGCGGAUUGAACUCUUUCGAAGUCUACUUUUAUUUAUUUAUUAUACACGAUAUGCGUUUUGUGCGAUGUUAUGUUACUGCGGUCUCUAGUUAAAGGUAGUGAAUAGUCAAUUUUCUAGGACAUAAUGCAGACUUUUUUUAUAUGUGAAUUUUCUGUUUUACCUUUUCAUUACUAUUAUAUCUUAUGUAUAUUAUUCGUGUAUGUUUCGCCCAUUCAUCAUUAUUACUAAUAUUAUUAUCAUUUAUGAAAAUACUAUUAUUAAAAGCGACAAAUCGGCCUCUGUAGAAAUGAAAGUACAAAUCUUCAUUUACAUAAUUAGGAAACAUUAUCGCUGUAAUUUGUAAAACUAUAUAUAUAUAUAUAUAUAUAUAUAUAUAUAUAUAUGUGUGUGUGUGUGUGUGUGUGUGUGUGUGUGUGUGUGUGUGUGUGUGUGCAUGUGUGUGUGUGUGUGUGUGCAUAUGCCUUGUAUCGAGGAACUCUAUAGAUUAUUAAUGAUUUUUAAUCGCCGUGUUUAUGUUAGCGUCACUUUGAUAGUACAAUUUUGCAAAAGCGCUGUCCAUAGAAAGCUCUCUGUACAGUGACCGCGAAAUUCUUUUUAAGAUUUUAAGUCUAAAAUAUUUUCGUAUAGUAUAAUAUAUAUAAAUAGGUAUUAAUGUCGACGAUACAAUGUUUGAAUAUAUGAAUUUAUAGCAAGAGAAACUUUCUUAUUCUUGACAACGGUGGAAGCGUUUAGAUUGAGCAAUACUCCUUUUACGGAUAUUAUGUGAAUAUUAGAACUCUGGGCGAUUUGUUAAUUUGAUGACUGUGUAAUUGAUUGAUCAGUUAUAUGCCACUGUUAGAGAAAAAGAGGCACAAGUGCAAUAUAUGUUUCGAAUUUAUUUUUCUUUAUUCAUUUGAAUUAGAAAUCAUUUCUUUAUGUUUGUAUCAAGCUUGAUGUAUUGUAUUAGUCGAUGACUACAUGUGAUUGAGUUACUUGUGCACUUAGGUUUCAAACAAUGGCCGCUUCACCGUUUCGAUUUUGCUUAUGAUAUGAAAAAUUUCAAAAUAAUGUGUUAAUAAAAUAAUCUUUUCUUUCUCUAUGUCAAAAAUUUUUUUUAUUAUUGAUUUUUUAAAAACAAAAUGACGUUCAAAGAAGUUUAUGUAAAACAUUUAUACACAAAACGGUUUCAUCUUUUUUAUUAAAUGUACCGCAAGGUGUUCUUUAUAAUA